CAAUACUAGCCUACCAGCAAAAGAGAUAUGUUUUGAAUUCCAUGUGGCUAAAUUUAUCAAUGAGACCAAGACAAUGACUUUUCUUCAGGCCUGUAGAUAACAAAGGGAGACAUUAAUAUGUGACUGUCAAUUAUCCCUCCUGGAAACUCAACAACUGCAUAAUGUCAUGCUUGCACUGAUCUGAGGUCCCACUAAAGAAUAUAACACUUUUGUUAUUAUUAAUGCUCAACCCUGAGGUCUCCUCAAAAUGCUGCAUUACAUUAACUAUCUCCCUAACAGAAUUAACUUCAGCCCCAGCAAAGAUGAAUAAAUCAUCAGCAAAUAUAAGAUGAGAUAGUUUAAAUGAAGAGCAUCCUGUAUGGUAAUGAAACUGGUUACUCAGACACCCUUUGAACAAUAACGUAAGGUAUUCCAUACAUAAAACAAAGAGUAGAGGGGAUAUAGGAUCACCCUGUCUUAACCCUUUUCCACCCCUGAGGUAACCAUGAAGUUCACCAUUAAUGAGUAAAGAAAACAUAGUUGUUCUUACACAUUGCAUUAUUAGCACCACAAACUUACUAGGAAAUCUAUAUGCAAGUAACAAUUCCUCAAGGAAAUCCCACAGUACUGAGUCAUAAGCCUUUCUUAAGUCAACUUUCAUAGAGCAAUUUGGCUUUCUAGAGGACCUAUGAUAGUUGUGGACUAACUCAUGUGCCAUAAUAAUAUUGUCAUGAAUUGUCCAGCCCCCCCCACAAAAGCUGAUUGACAAGGAAAGAUCAGUGAAGAGAGAACCAAAUUCAACCUAUCCACAAGAAUCUUAGAUAUAAAUUUUAUAGAAAACACUACAGCAAGCUAUGGGUCUAUAAUCAGUCAAUCCACUAGGGUGCUCACAUUUUGGAAUAAUAGUAAGUGCAGUGUCAUUAACCUGCCCAACAAGCUUACCUGUAUGAAAGAAUUCCUUUACAGCUUGAAUGACAUCAUUGCUCACAAUGGACCAGGCUUUGCAACUAUUAAAUCCCUGGGGCUUUAUCCUCUCCAAUGGCGCAUAGAGCCUCCUUAAUCUCUUUUGCAGUUACAGGCAGAAGAAGUGAGGUGGCCUCAGUAUCAGUAAAUUUGUAUCCUUGUUGAAUGACCACAGGUUUAAUGUGAAUCCUAUGUCCACCACCAGUACCUAGCAAUUCAGUGUAGAACUGUACCAUUGCCUUACACAAUCUUGUUGCUAUGAAAUGGUAGUACCAUUAGGUAGAGGAGAGGAAUGAAGUUGCUCGCAUUCUAAUUAGAACAAGAAGGAGAGGAACGGUAACUAGCAAUUUAGCUUCUUCCAACACUCGGAUUGAAGGGAGCUACUGCCGUGAGGAAUGCUUUAUUUACCCAAUACUAACUAUUUCGGGUAUCACUUCCCAAUGUUAUUUUACAGGGUUUAUAAGAUAAGCGCUUUACUUUAGAAUACCUCAAAGCCUGAGAGUUAUGUUCCAGUGAGUGUUAAGUUUUAAGUACUUCCAUUCACCCCUUAUGUUAUGGCUCGUCUCCCUUUCAGGAGAUAGGAAUAGAUAAUAUAUAUAUAUAUAUGUUUUUCCCAACGUUUAUUCUUAUUUAUAAAGCACAUUUUUUUCUCACCUAUGCCAAUAACUGGAGUAAAGGGCCUCGCAAUCAUCAGGUACAUUAGACCAGUGAGUUUAAAGCGUGGGUGCGUCCGGGGUUGGUAUUUGUUUGAUCACCACGCUACCCUUGGCCAUGAGCCUGAUAACCCUUUUCGGAGAUUGCCAGCUCGUUCUACUCUGGGUAAUAGUAAGCGUGAGCAGAAGAGUGAUCCUCUAUAAUAGGCCGAAAACAGAGGGAAUAAGGCUCAGUAACGUGGGUACCAUUUAACCUCCUUGUAUCAAUACUUUCAUCACGAUUCUUUGGCUAUAUAAAGCCUUGUGAGAGACAUUGAAAAGACAACUCGAAUAACACAGCCAAAUCGUUUACAACAAGAGAUCAACCCUGGCAGACAGCCCUGUUCCAACCCGGCAAAAGGCAAAUAAAAAGCCCACUAGAAUACCAACUGAGGCAUCUAACGUCUAGGUAAUCUCAGCCAUAAGGUUGAUGGCUAUCUAGAUUCCUUCUCUAGAUCGAAUGCGACAUCUGAAAUACUCGCAUAAAAGUGCUUCAGCAACAAACUCUCAUCGUGAGCAGUGUCUCCGCUGGCAAUUUAUAAAUUACUAAUAUGCUGCUCUGCGAGAUCUUCACUUCCAUCAUACAACCGAAACCAGCUAAGGAAGGAGCGAGGCGAGAUCCGUUUAGAGUGAGUGGCCUAUUACUUUCUUAAAUAUCAGAGUUGGGGUCACUAAGCAAACAAAGACAUAUCUGGUAACCCACUUAAGUCUUUGUCAAACAAUUCCCAAUCAUGGUCCUUGCAGAACUAGGAAAUACUGAAUUGAGUUUACUCUGAACUCAAUGGGUCUAUACCCGGUUCGCUUGGAAAUUGUAGAAGUGUGACGACUUUGAUGCUUUCUGCCAAUUUACUUUCUCGGUCUUUGCUUUGAAAAAGAGCUUUUACUCGAGGAGCUCCUUCUAGCACUAGCAGCGACUAUUGCUAAUACUGACUUUUUCUUCAAACUAGCUUAUAACCCGGACAACGGCCCGUUUGCCGGAAUGUUCAUAUUUGAUUAUUUAUAAUUUUAUGUUAAGUUUAAGUCUAUCAACCCGUUUAAUUUUUUUGACAAUCUUUCGAUCAAGAUGAUACAUAAAGAAAUAAUAUAUAGGUCGAACACUCGAAGAAAUACCAUCUAUCAUUUAAGAAUAUAAAAUAUAAAAAUGUAUCAUUGAUUCAUUUUCAUAAUGAUAAUAUUAUAUUGGUUAGUUGAUAUAGAUAGAAUAUAAAAGCUCAAUGAAAUUACCACACGACCCAUAUAUAGUUUGAACCUGAAUCUAAAACCUCACAAUCCUACAUAAAGGCCGCAAUGCUCUCCUUUUAGAAACAACAUGCCACUAAUAAAAAAAGAAAUAGAGAGUUGUUGGUUCAAGUCAACUAUAUACUACAAACUUAGCUAAGAGGGAACCAUCAAAACUUGAGAGCGAACGAAAAAAUUAGGGUUACCUCCAAUAUACUAAUAGACUUUAUAAAAUUCAUAAGGCAUAAAAUUAGACACUCAUUUUCUAUCAGUUUCAGUAGGUUGAAUAAAGAAUCGACCUAAUUCAAUAAAUCAAUCAAUGAUUUCUCGUUUUAAGAUAGAAAUAGGUUGUGGUAGCUGCAAAAACCAUAAACCUAAAGAGCCAAUUAGGGAUGGCAACAAAACCCGAACCCAUGGGUACCCACCCGACCCAACCCGGUCAACGCGGGUAAAAUCCGUGUUAACGAGUUUUGGGCCGGGUUCGGGUUUAAACCCGCUACACUAUUCACCGGGUCGGGUUGGGUUUGGUUUAGGUAAAUCCGACCCAUGGGUACCCGCCCACACACAUAUAAUUACUUUCCCGGUAUAUUUAAUAUUCUAAAUAAUAUAUUUUCCUUAAAAAUUAAUAUUCUUUAUGUUUGUGGAGACAUGUAUAAUUUGUUCUUUCUAAUUGUUUAGAAUGAAGUUGAUAUUAUGAAGUGGGGAGUGAAGAAACUUAGUUGACGAGGAAAAAGCUUUCAAUUAAUCUUUUUUUUUUAUAGAUUUUUAUCUUUAAUUUUGAACAAUUUGUAUUGAUCAUUUGCGGUUUGCUUGUAUGCUCUAGAUUGGUGUUUUUUUGUAUGAGAAAAUUGAUGUUAAACUUUUAUUUUGAAAGAAACUUGUUAUUGUAAUGCUUUUACCACAAAAACCCACGGGUACCCAUGAACCCGCGGAUACCCAGCGGGUUGGGUUUGAGUUUUUCAAACCCAACGGGUUUUACCCUGGGUUUUUUUGGCAGAUAAACCCAUGGGUUUGGGUUUUGGUUUGACAAAACCCGCCCCAACCCGACCCAUUGCCAUCACUAGAGCCAAUAGCCACCACUCUCCGUUGAACGACCAAAUUUGUAUCCACUCUAUCUUUAAUCUCAAGAGGCAUAUGUUCCAACCAAACAACUCCAUUUCUUCUACUUUGAUGGACCUUCUCUCCGUGACCCUCAAUUUCUCUUCCAAUUGGGGUUCUUGUCAACUCCCUCUUCAACUCCUCAAUCUUCUUCUUGUGUUUGCUAACUCAUCUUCCUCGGGGCAGUUGUAAUAAGUUCGCUAAAACCAACACUCAUCUCCAAUUCCAUCAAUAUGUUCAUCUCCCCCUUGUGUGCCUUCACCCGCUUCUGUCCACUUCCUUGCCCUUCAAUAACCUCUCCAUUUUCAUUACUAUCCUCAUCAUCUCUCACUUCUCUCACGUUAACUGCUCCAGUUUCGCUUCCAUAUCUUUCAACACCCUCCUCAAUUCAUUCACUACCCUCUUCUCUGCCUUCACCUGCUGCAGUGGAACUUUACCUGCUAUCAAAUCCAAACACAAUUUCUUCCUCCCACCACUUUCAUUCUCAAACUCAAUUCCAACUCUUCUACUCCAAGUUCAAAUUCAUAACUACUUGAUUGAACUCCAUUCUAUUCGUCAUGGAUUGAUAUCGGAUUUGAAAUUUUCUAUUUGCCCAGCUUAAAUCCCCAAAAUAAAACUGUCGUGCCAAGAGAAACCGGAAGAUAAAUUUUCAAAUGCGCCCUUGUACUCGGAAGUGAAAGGGCCAAAUUAUUGCACGAUGGAGGGACUUUCGAAGUAAGUUAUAAAGAGAUAAAAACAAAGAUAAAAAAGCACAAAAUUUAAAUUUAAAUUAAAAAAUGCAAUGACACAACACGUAGUAAAAGAAAUAGUUUCUUCCAUGUUAGCCAAUUACAAAUUUACCUAAACGAAAAUUAAGUAGAGCAUGAAUUUUAAAAUGGAUAAAAUUACAUGAAACUCUACUAUGGAAAUUGAAGUAUUAGGCACCAUAAAAAUAUAUACGGUAGACUUAUUGGGCUUGUUGAUCAUGAUGUAAAAGUCAUUCACUUUCCAGAGUUUAACUUAGUGUAUGUUUUGUAUUCAAAUAGAAACAACAAUUUUGUUUAGCGUAAUUGGAUAUAAUCGCUGUGUUUGUUUAAAGAGACAUGGGUUCAAAUCUUGAUAUUGAAAUUUUUUAUUUGAAAUAAAUAAUUAAUUGUAAAGACAAAAAUGUCAUUCCUACUUUCACUCUCGUUUUAGAAAAUUUGAAAUGGAGAAAAUUAUACAAAACUCUACCAUAUAUUAACUAGAUCAUGGCCCGGCCUCUUGGCCGGGAGAGUUUGAUUCUCAUGUUGUCAUGUAUAAGUGUAGGUAUAUAUUUUUGUUAUGGUUCAUGUUGUUGGAGUUUGAAAUAAAUAAUUGGACCUUAGCUUGAACAUUGCAUCAUGUUGAUAAAAAUUGUUUCAUCAAUUACAAUGCUGAAAUAAGGGGUUGUAUAUGGAAGUCUUGAUUGUUUUUUUUAGAUUAUUAAAAUAAAUACAUUUUUAUAAUACAAUACAUAUGUUUUAUUUUUGUUUAUACACAAUCGUGAAUUAUUUGCUUGCUUUGACUAAACUAUCACUCAAAUUGAUUUAUUAAACAAAUUCGAAUUUUAGCAUAGACUGUCGAGAUAAUUAGUAUCGAUGUUUGUCAUGUUUAUUUUUCUUGAAAUGUAUGGUACCAAUGUUCUUAUGUCGUCAUUGAACACUUCAAUUCAAUGCGCAAUGUUCCAACCAAUGAUAUUUGUGUUGAGAUUUUAAGAUUAUCAUUCAUUUAUAAGUUAGAAAAAAUUCUAAAUUAAUUAUUAAAAUAUGAAAAUAGAAUGAUCAAACACCACAAAAUACUUACAGGAGACUUAGCGAGCUAACUAACCAUGAUAGAAAAGUACUCCGUUUUCAUAAUUUUAACUUCCUCUAUGUUUUGUAUUAAUAAAGUACAACAAAUGUGUCUAGUCUAAUUGGUUACAAUUCUUGUCUUUGAUGGAAGAGACCAUUUGAUAUGUUUUUAUAUGAAAUAAAAAUUUGAUUGUGUAGACGAAAAUACCCUUCCUACUUUCAUUCUCGUUGCAGGAAAUUUGAAAUGGAGCAAAUCAAACUCUUUAAAAUGUAUUAUAAGUAGUGUAGAUGGAGGAUGCAGAUAAACCCAUCUCAUUCUGUCUUUUUUUCUUUAUCAUUUUCAGUUUGCGCGUAGAGAAUUCACAUAUCCCAAAAGAAAGCCUAGCACCUUGCUGGUACCAAAACCGAUGCAUGGGAAAAACCUUCUCAAAAACAACAAUCCUUUGGUUCUUCGUCCCUCUGACUUGCCUUGAUGGCACAAAACUAGUCCUCCGCAGAACGCCAUCCUUUGAAUCUUUUCCCUUCCCUCCAUCCACUCAGUGUGAAUGGCAAGGCUUCCUCCUUCUUUUUAGGUCUUGGAGGACAAGGAUCAGCAAAUAUCUUUGGAUCCCUUCUUCAAACUCGAAAUUUCAUUUGGCUCCAGACUUCGUAGCAUAGAUAAAACUUAUUUGCAUGGUCGUACCAUAUUUUACUAACUAUCAUUAUAAGUUAUUUAUAAUUAUUAAUGGAAUACUUAUAUUAUACACCCUACUUCAAAUUUGUAGAACGUUUAGGUGUAAACUUUAUAUUGUGCUUGUUAUAAAUUCCAUAUUUUUCCAAAUUAGAAAUUCUUCGUUAACUAUUUACAAAUAAUAGUAGCGAUUUGCACACAUCCAAAUUCAUGAUGUGCCACAAAUUAGAUCGUUAAAAAUAGACUCAAAGAUAUGGCAGGCACCCACACAACUUAUAAAAUCAUUAUAAUAAUAUAAUGGUCAUUACAUU